GUGACGCCUACAUGGUAGUUUCUGGUCUUCCAGAACGACGAGAAGAUCACGCCUCGCAAAUCGCCCAGAUGAGCUUAGCGUUGUUACACAAAGUGAAAAACUUUGUGAUCAGACAUCGACCGAAUGAUCAGCUAAAACUUCGAAUCGGUAUGCAUUCGGGAUCAGUUGUCGCCGGCGUCGUAGGCUCGAAAAUGCCUCGAUACUGUCUGUUCGGCGAUACGGUCAAUACUUCAAGCCGUAUGGAAAGUAACGGACUACGUAAGUUGAUCGUGGCAUUAUUUGAAUCAUAUUAAAA